UGGACGUAAGGAAAUACCGAAAGGAAAAUUUAUUACUUGUUAUUAAUCCAGAUAUUCGUCAUAAUUUAUUACGUAACAUGAUGGAUGUUCUCUGCGGAUUUUUCGUUAUUUUUGGACUUUUUAUUCCGACUUUUGGACAGUUUAUUCCUUCUAAUUUCGCAUGUACGUCUCCGAAUUCCACGACCUUUGUUUUCACCUGGGUUCGUCCGAAUGAUCCCACAAAUCAAGUACAGGGUUACCAUCUUACCAUCUCCCGGUCAGACGGUCUACAGGUCGAUAACUUCCCGCAAAUGGUCAUCCCCGGAUACUUGGUGCAGACAUAUACAGUGUAUGGUGUCGGGAAAUACGCAGUAUAUACAGCCAACCUACAUUGCUACACUGCCAGCGGAAACGAGGCUGAUGUCACCCUCGAUUGCAAGUCCAUGACGGAUGCCCCCAAUGGCGCUCCAGUUCUCGUCAACGCUACCGGGAUUUCCUACUCUGAGGUUGACGUAGUUUGGGACGAGAUUGAGGAGAUAUACAGAAACGGGGUACUUCUUGGGUACAAGAUUGUGUACUUCGCAUUGAAUAAUUGGACACCCCGAAGUGUUGACGUCAGCAAUACAACUUUCAAUUACGUCAUUGGCUCUCUAGAUUACGAUACCAAAUAUGUUGUCAGCGUCCUGGCUUAUACAUCCACCGGGGACGGCCCACAAACCACGGACAUUGACAAAACAUGGGGCCCUACGACGACAGCGCCUGAGGAGGAGAAGAAGUAUUUCUGCUAUGAGAUGAUCCCGGGGGUGAUUGAGAUCGGCUGGAAUGGCAUGCCGUGUACAAUCUACAUGGGUGUCAUAGGGUUCCUCUCCGUCUUCGCGCUCAUCUUCGGCAUCGCGUGCUGUUGUAGUGGCGGUGGUGCUGCCGCCGCAGGCGCUGGCGGUGGUGUGGGUGGUGGCGGAGGUUCCCGUGUGGAGCCAUUCGAUGAAUUCGACAGUGACGAUGACGACGAUGGCUAUGCAAACAACAAACCUCAUAAGUCGGCUAAGAGUGGUGGACAGGUUACCUCACGUGAUAUCUGGCUGGCAAGCCCUGGCCCCGGAGAUUUUGACGAUGAUCACGAUGAUGUAUCAACGCCAUUUCCACCUCCGUCAACAAUCAUACCGCGCGUCGGCGCUAUAGCAAAACCGAAACCGAAACCACCUGAGAGUGAUCCCGCACCAACUAUAAGUGAGGACCGGGCAACAAUUCAAAAACCUGAAAACACAGCAGGAAAUAAUGACGCAAAUAUUGUGAUUGAAGACGACGACGGUUUUAUUUAAUUCUACACGGUCAAUUUUUGUUGGACAUAGUGCAUUGUGGUAUGAAGGGAACCGCAAUGCACUCUGGGAGAGAUUAGAUAAUAUGAUGACGUCAUUACACCCUUUCGAUAUAUUCUAACACUAUAUUUGAUGGGUAAGAUAUAUUGGGACGCUGUGAUAAAAGAAAAAAUCUCCAUCAUUCUAUAGCACGAAUCUUCAAACAUUUUCACCAGGCAGGUGGCGCUACACUUGGUGACAAACAGUCAAGUGAUUUAAUUGUGCCUUAUUGGAGUAAGAUUUUAAACACGUGAGUGGCUAUGUAUAUAUAAAUGGUGAUACGUGUAUAACAUAAAGUUCUAUCAGUGUUACAUAAUAUAAUAAAAGUUAAGUUUUCUCUUA